AUGGCGGAAGCCGAGGCCGUGUACCGCUACGAAUCCGGAAACAUCUCGCAUGCUCCCAAGAAGGAUUAUGGUCCUUUGGACUUCACGGGAAAGCUGGCUGGGGGUUUGCGACUCGACAUCCGCAGGCGGGCGCCGCUGUAUUGCAGUGAUUGGACGGAUGCAUUCCAGCCGGAGAACUUCCAAAAAUCGGUGUCGUCCAUCUUGUACCUGUUCAUCGCAGCCCUUGCCCCUGCGAUUACGUUCGGCAGUCGAUUCCUUGACGGCACGAACGGCCAGUUCGGAGUGAUGGAAAUGAUCAUGAGCACAUGUAUCAGCGGCUUGAUCUUUUCAACAUUUUCCGGUCAGCCCCUUUCGAUUCUGGGCGCUACCGGUCCGUUCUUGGCGUACACACUUGUCGUCUAUGACCUGGCAGUUGCCGUGGACGUGGAGUUCAUGCCGUUUUAUUUCUGGACAUGCAUGUGGUGCUCCCUCUUCACCAUCCUGGUGGCGGUCUUCGAUCUGUGCGCGCUCAUGAAGCACGUGACUAUGUUCAGUGAAGACAUCUUCGCUGGAUUAAUCUCGCUCAUCUUCAUCAUCGACGGCCUGAGGAUGUUGCAGGUGGAUGCGGACUUCUCGCCAAACUUGAGCUUGUCCGAUGGGAGCAAGCGGCCGUGGAUCAUCAAUCCGGCCGGCAUUGACCGCCCCUUCCCAGCUUGGGGCAUUGCUUAUGCGAUCCUUCCGGCGAUUGGCUUCGCAGUGUUGGGAUACCUGGAUCAGAAUCUCACCUCCGUGAUCGUGAAUAGACCCUCCAACAAUCUGAAGAAGCCGGCUGCGUAUCACCUUGACUUGUUUGUUCGGGGAGCACUGACGCUGCCCGUUUGUGCUGUGCUGGGCCUGCCCCUGUCCGUGGCCUCUACGGUGCCGAGCAUCACCCACGUGAUCUCGUUGACCACUUACGAAGUGAAGCAACUUCCGGAAGGUGAGCGCAAGGUGCCUACGAAGGUGGUAGAGCAGCGUGCUACUAACUUCUUGAUCCACGUGCUUAUAGGCUCAGCACUCUUCCUCGCACCAGUGCUGAAGUUCCUGCCGCGAGCCGUGCUGCAGGGCGUGUUCUUCUACAUGGGAAUCGCGAGCCUGACCGGCAACAACCUCUUCGACCGGUUGAAGUUGUGGCUCAUCUGGGACCCGGCCAAGUACCCGCAGUACCACUACAUCCAGAAGCUGCCCAUCAGUCGAGUGCACCUGUACACCGUCGUCCAGGUCGUUUGUCUUGGCAUUCUGUAUGGCUUGAAAGCAAUUAAGGAGACGUCCGUGGUGUUCCCGUUCUUCAUGGCCUCUCUGGCCAUCAUCCGCAAGGCUAUGAGGUUCAUGUUCACCGAGGAUGAACUGAAGCAGCUGGACGGCCUUCCAGGUGAGGACGAGGAGGACGAGGCGGCAAAGUCGAAGCCGGACAUUGUCAACCUGGAUGUGAAAGAGGCUGCCUAG